AUGGUGGACUAUGAAUGGGGGAACCCAUCAUCGAUCAUGCUUUCUGGUGAAGAGACGGCCCAAGAUUCUAACCAAAACGGAAAGAUUUUUGACCCAUUCGGCACUCAUAACUUCACGAUGGAAGUCAACACUUUUGUUAACCCUAAUGAAUUCUCCACCGUCACUCCUCACAACCACCACCACCACCCCCACCCGUUUCACCACCCAUAUACUGACACCCAUUUGACUAAUUUCUAUGACCCACGCUCUUAUGGAACUUCUGCAUCAUCGUACCCGAAUCCGCAUGCACCACAGGCUUCAAUGCUCACUCUUGAACCAACCGGUCCAACUGGGUUCAUGAUGGUGCCCAAGAGUGAGACGGUUGCUGGUGGGUUCGAGUAUAACACCAGCAAUAGUAGGAUUGGGCUUAAUUUGGGAGGGAGGACUUAUUUUGCGUCCUCCGAGGACGAUUUUGUGAACCGGCUCUACCGCCGGUCCAGGGUAAUGGAGCUCGGCUCAGUCAAUCUCCCAAGAUGCCAAGCUGAAGGUUGCCACGCGGACCUUACUUACGCAAAACACUACCACCGCCGUCACAAGGUGUGUGAGUUCCACUCCAAGGCCGCUACUGUCAUCGCCGCUGGGUUGACUCAGCGAUUCUGCCAACAAUGCAGCAGAUUCCAUCUCCUUUCGGAAUUCGACAACGGGAAGAGGAGUUGCCGGAAAAGAUUGGCUGACCAUAACCGGCGUAGGCGAAAAUCCCAGCAACCAAGUCAAGAACCCAGCAACAAGUCUCUACUGGACAUUGCACCAAAUUCUUCAUCUGAAAACUUUGCAAGGUCUCCACCUGAUUCUGGGACUCAUUCUUCAUUGGUCACCGUUGCAAUUUCACCUCCAAGAAUUUCACUGGAUUUUAGCCAAAGAUCAUAUCAGGGUUUCUUAUUAUUUGCUCUAAAGAGAGAUCAGAUCGAUUUACAGUUGAAUCGUUAUCGUAUGUAA